AUGGAUUUCACAAGAGAUUUAAUAGCUUUUCAGGGCGCCAUUCUAUCAGCUGACAGUGCUUACCCGUUCUCAAAAAUUAAAGCUCGAGGCGGAAAUGAAAAGAAAAUCGAAGGUGUUAUUAAAAUGUUAGACGAGUUUCUAUGUCACUUUCUUAAAGAAGACGAAUGUGAUAAGAAUACAGGAUUAUUACGAAAAUUCGCACUCUACAUUGUUCUGAACUCUGAUAUAGAACUAUUAGAAUACAUGGAUGGUGUUGGUUCAGUAGUUUCAACCACCCCUACAAUACCGAAAUGUCUAAUGAAUGAUAUGCUCUGGCAACUUAGAAUGGAAGGUUUUGUGCAAGAAAUAAUUGUAUAUUCUCUACCACAACUGUCUCUGCAAGUAUCAGACAUAUUAAUAGAUCAUUUUAAAUAUUUUCAACCUACUAAAUGUUUGAAAAACCUUCAAAUACUAGUUACUUCAUGUUACAAGUUAAUAUAUAGAUUAAUGUUUUUCAAUAUAAGUAAUAGUGAUGUAGCGCAUGCCGUGAAUAAUUUUCAUUGUAGCUUAAAAUACUUCUAUGAACCUCCAAAUUCAAGGAAACUUGAGAUGCUAAAAAAGGAUGAAAAGUACAAGUAUGUGGGAAACACUCUGUACGCACUGCUCAUAACAUUAUUUGAUUGUUUUAAAGAUUAUGUUGGGAACCAUAUGUUUAAACCCCCCUAUGAAAUUUAUGAACACACCUAUUAUGAGGAUUGUGUUAACAAUUUGAAGGAAACUGACGUAAAAAAUACACCAUCCUUUGAUAUAAGAGAAAGUAUUGAGACUUGCAACACGGAACUACUCGAUAUGUGCAAAGAGUUGGUAAUGGAAGUAAGUGUUGAGAUUUACUGCGCCUGGAGUGAAUUUGACGAUAAUGGCAAAAGUAUGCAACAAACAAUUGGGGAACUAUGUUAUAAAGUCCAGAAUAGUUUGAAGACUAUAGACACUAUUUCUGAACAUCCUGUCAUCAAUAUGCUUGGCCAAAUUUCUUGUAAGCCCUUAGACUGUGUGGAAGUAAUUAAUGACAUAGACAGUGAUACUAUUCUUACUAAAAUUCAAAAUGAGGAAAAAGACAAAUGGGUUAAAGCUCUAUUGCAUAGAAACAAUCUGUGUAAUGAUCUGACUCUUGUACACGAACUCAUGUUAAAUUUGCAACUCCUAAAUGAUGAAGAGUGUUGUAAACUUUUUAGGAUCUGCAAGUUAUAUGUCACAGAAACUACAGAUGGUCAAGAAAAGGUCCUAGAGCUGAUUAUAAAAGCUUUUCAACGAUGUAGCUUAGAAAAUAAAAUUGAACUUCUAGAGGAGCAUUUUGAUGGUGCUUUCAAUGAUAGCUUACUAACAGAACAAUUCAGUAACACAUUGGUCGAGGUAUUUAACAAAUUAACCAUGUUGCCUGAUGCCGAUCUAUCUGAAGUACUGUGUCUAUUUUUACAAAGUCCAAUACAAGUGUACAGAAAGAUAUUUUGUCUAGCAACCGAAAAUUUCCAACAAUUACAAAUUAUGGUGAGAAUCAUGAAAUUUAUGGAAAAGUUUUCUAAUUUCUAUUAUGAUCAUGAAACAGAAUCCAGCAUAUUGGUUGUCACUAAGGAGUCAAUGAACACUGUGGAUGAGAAUAAAAUAAACAACUAUGUUACGUUUCUAUGUCAAUUGAAAACUGCAAACAUACUUUCGGGGUCAAAACUUUUACUUCUAGUUAUAAUGCCGAGUUUGCAUAAUAGUCUCUUAACUAGAAAUAUUUUAGGCAUUUGCAUACAAUGCCGAUUGCUGAUAGAGGCGUUUUCCUUCGCGGAAGUUGUCGAAUAUAGAGCACCAAUGCUGGCAAUGCUAGGCCAAGUUUUGGAUGCAACUAGAUGGAAAAUUAACACAUUUGAGGCCAUAUCACCAACAGCUCUGGAGUUAGGUUUACAGUUGGUGUCUUCGCUCUUUGACUCUCAAACGGAUUCUGGAUGUUCUGUUUUAAUUAAAGAGAAGGAAAAAUCAUGGCUAAAGAUGAAAUUAAGGAAUAUAGAUCCUCUAAAUAUGUAUUUUUAUAGGCAACUUUGGAACCCUCCUGGAGAGACCUUUUUGGAGAUAGUGACUGGCAUUCGGAUACAUAAAGAUAUGGAUGUUGAACGUAUAACAUCUAUGUUAUCAAAGGUAUUAUGUUCCACAACAUUACAAGAAUGGUAUGAAAUUUGGGAAAAUUUGAAAAUAUUUCCUAUGAAGUGUGCGUUUAACGUAUUCCACGAGGCGCUGUUGUUAAUAGCCCUUGCUGAAAAGAAUCACCACUCGAAAGAAACAAGGGCGUGUCUUAUGUAUUGCUUUCAAAACUUCACACAAUUAGCUAGGUUCAAAUAUUUAUAUGACACCUUAGAUGAAAACCAAAUACUCGACGUGGUGGAAAAAAUUAUUGUUUUCGAAAAUUGUGUUCAAGAAACCGACGCUGAACAUUGCUUGAGUACGUUGUUGCCACUCUUUGCCUUCAUGAUACAAUAUCGAGGCUAUCCAGCUGUAGCAUCAAUAUGGAACUCCGUGGCUGAUAAAUUGUGA